GCGGAGCUGCAUAAGAUGGCGGCGGCGGGAGCUGAGGCGGCGGCCGAGGAGGAGAAGCGGCUGCCGGAGGGAGACCCCGAGUCGGGCGGAGACUCGGAUGAGGAGGGGGACUCGGACUCCUCCGGCGAUGGCGAGGAUGAGGAGAAGGAGAACGAGGCCGAGAUCCAGCGGCUGGAGGAGCAGCUGUCCAUCAACGCCUUUGACUACAACUGUCACUUGGAUCUGAUCAAGCUGCUGCGUCAGGAGGGAGAGCUGGUGAAGCUCCGGCGAGCUCGGCAGAAGAUGAGCGAGCUCUUCCCCCUCACUGAAGAGAUCUGGCUGGACUGGCUGAAGGAUGAGAUAAAAAUGGCUUCGGAGAGCUCUGAGCGAGAGAAGGUCUAUGAGCUGUUUGAACGAGCUGUCAAGGAUUACAUCUGUCCUGAAAUCUGGUUGGAAUACGCCCAGUAUUCCAUUGGAGGCAUCGGCCAGGAAGGAGGGAUCGAGAAGGUGCGGUCGAUCUUCGAGAGGGCACUGACUGCAGUGGGGCUGCACGUCACCAAGGGCACAGCUCUGUGGGAAGCAUACAGGGAAUUCGAGAAUGCCAUCCUGGAAACAGCACAGCCAGCCCCUGGCAGCGUUCCAUCCCCGGAGCAGCAGCAGGUGCUGUGCAGCCAGCUCGAGAAGAUCCACACGCUGUUCCGGCGCCAGCUGGGGAUCCCACUGCUGGACAUGGAGGCUUCAUAUGCUGAAUAUGAGGAGUGGUCAGAAGAGCCAAUUCCAGAAACCACAAUCAAGAAUUACAAAAAAGCUCUACAGCAGCUGGAGAAGUGCAAACCCUACGAAGAGGCACUGCUGGGUGCUGAAACACCAAAGCUGGCAGAAUACCAGGCUUACAUUGAUUUUGAAAUGAAAGCAGGUGAUCCAGCUCGCAUUCAGUUGAUCUACGAGAGAGCUUUGGCUGAGAACUGCCUUGUCCCAGAUCUCUGGGCACGCUACAACCAGUAUUUGGACCGGCAGCUCAAAGUGAAGGAGUUGGUUUUAUCUGCCCACGACCGCGCUGUCAGGAACUGCCCCUGGACAGUUGGGCUGUGGAUUAGGUACCUCCUGGCCAUGGAGAGGCACAGGGUGGAUCACAGCAUCAUUUCUGAAAUGUUUGAAAAAGCCCUGAAUGCAGGUUUUAUCCAGGCAACAGACUAUGUAGAGAUCUGGCAGGCGUAUCUGGAUUACCUGAGAAGAAGAGUGGAUUUUACACAAGACUCAAGUAAAGAGCUGGAGGAGCUUCGCUCUGCCUUUGCACGUGCUGUGGAGUACUUGAAACAAGAAGUAGAAGAGAGAUUCAGUGAGAGUGGAGAUCCAUCCUGCACCAUCAUGCAGAACUGGGCCAGAGUUGAGGCCCGCCUGUGUAACAACAUGCAGAAAGCCAGGGAGCUCUGGGACAACAUCAUGACUAAAGGAAAUGCCAAAUAUGCAAACAUGUGGCUGGAGUACUAUAACCUGGAAAGAGCCCACGGGGACACCCAGCACUGCAGGAAGGCCCUGCACCGCGCCGUGCAGUGCACCAGCGACUACCCCGAGCACGUCUGCGAGGUGCUGCUCACCCUGGAGAGGAUUGAAGGAACACUGGAAGACUGGGAUGCAGCUGUUCAAAAAACAGAGAACAGAUUAGCUCGAGUUAAUGAACAGAGAGCAAAGGCUGCUGAGAAAGAAGCUGCUCUGGCAAAGCAGGAGGAGGAGAGAGCUGAGCAACGAAAACAGGCUCGGGCAGAAAAGAAAGCUUCCAAAAAGGCUAAGAAAGCCAGGAUUGGAGACAAGCGCAAGGCAGAUGAUGAUGAUGAUGGGGAAUGGGGACAGGAAGAAGAGCUACCCAGCAAGAGGCACAGGGGAGAGGGUGAUGGUGUGCUUCCUGAGGAAGACAUGGAAGUGGAGACCGGGCUCUUUGGGAGAAGUGCCCCUGCCAAGCCAGAUGGGCCAGCAAACCCCAAGGAAAAGGCCUCGACCAGUCGGAAGGACAUCCCCAAAGUGUUCCACGACAGCAGCAAGGAUAAAGUCACUGUGUUCGUCAGCAACCUUGCCUACACCAUGGCUGAGCCAGAGGCGAAGCUGAGGGAGCUUUUUGGGAGCUGUGGGGAGGUGGCAGAGGUCAGACCAGUGUUCAACAACAAGGGCACCUUCCGGGGCUACUGCUACGUGCAGUUCAAGGAGGAGGAGGCCGCUCUGCAGGCCCUGGGCCUGGAUCGCACGGCUGUGGAGGGAAGGCCCAUGUUUGUGUCCCCAUGUGUGGACAAGAACAAGAACCCAGACUUUAAGGUUUUCAGGUAUAGCACUACCCUGGAGAAACACAAACUGUUUAUAUCUGGUUUGCCGUUUUCCUGCACUAAGGAAGAGCUGGAAGAGGUGUGUAAAGCACAUGGGAAUGUGAAAGACAUUCGGCUGGUCACCAACAGAGCUGGAAAACCCAAGGGCCUGGCCUAUGUAGAGUAUGAAAAUGAAGCCCAGGCCUCCCAGGCUGUGCUGAAGAUGGAUGGUCUGACAGUGAAGGACCACGUGAUCAAGGUGAUGAUCAGCAACCCCCCUCUCCGGAAGCUGCCCGAGGCUGGAAGGGCCUCCACAUUCCCAGCACCUCGCCAGGUUUAUGGAGCGCGAGGCAAGGGAAGGACACAGCUGUCCAUGAUGCCCCGAGCGUUGCAGCGUCAGAGCAACCCCGUGGCCAAGGCUGAGAAUGGCAUGGUCCAGAACUCACCAGCAACUUCAUCUGAGCCCCCUGCAGAGCCUAAAAAGAUGUCCAAUGCUGAUUUUGCCAAGAUGCUACUGAAAAAGUGAGCAAAAAGUCUGCAAUCAGCAGGUCUGGUACAAUGUGAAAUGCCUUUAUGGAAGCCAUGUUGUGUCCUUAUGCUGGCAAGGAGAGAAAGCCUGUCACAAUCAUGGAAAUACUGUUCUGGACUGCUGCAUUCAUGGGAUCAGUGUAGGAUGGCACAAAUCCAGGUAGUUUUCCUCUAAAGAGCAAAGAGUUAUACUUUUGUUCUGGUAAAAUGGCAUUCUAUGAUUCCUCAUAUUGAGGGUAACGAGGGGGGCAAUAUUUCCUGUCCAGCUUGGAUGCCACGUGGAGUUUUUUUUUUUUGAGUACUUUCCAAAACUUAUUUCUCUUUCAUUAACGAAUGAGAUGCGAUGUGAGACCCUUGGCAAGCCCCACUGGUCAGCUCAGAUUGUGACUGCAGACAUUCUCUCUGGCAACAAGCCCGUUUUCCACCCAACCCCACGCACGCAGGGACAGUCAUCUCCUUCCAUGCAGAGUCCAAUGGCAGAUGCUCCAACUUCACCACAAUGGCCUAUUUUAGUAUUGGGAGAGUUUCUAUACAUAUGUGUGUAUAUGUAGAUACCCAGAUAUACAUAUAUAUGUAUUCAGUUUAUGUUCUGUUCCAGUUGACCUGUUUUUUAUAUGGUGUAUUUGUUAAAAAGACAUUCAGAUGAUUAUUUUUAAGUGUCAUGAGCUAAUCUUUAGAUCUGGUAGCUUUUGUUUCCCAUGAAGUUGUUAGUGCUGUUGCUGAGGACCAUAUUUUUGGGUUGGUUUUGUUAGCUAGCUCAUGUGUCAUUUUGCAGGUGGUUUCUGUAUGGUUUUGUAAAUGUGAAGUGCAAGCUGACGUUUCCUGGUUUAUUAAACUCCAAGUUCUCAAAGGUUUUCUAUAAAUACUGUUGCUUUUGUUUAAAUGUGGGUGUUGGAAUUGCACUUAUCCCCUGGCAGCUGGGUAGUGGUGAUGUACCUCACCCUCAGGUGUGCUCAGAUAGUGUCACUCAUACCUUUAAGCAGCUCAUUCCAUCUGCUCUGAAUAUCCUGAAAUUAAUAAUCACCUCAGACUUUCCAAGAAUGUGGGGUGAUCUUGGAUAGAAAUAUUCCUGCUUGUCAACUCCUGUUCUAGAAGUCACCACACGCAGGGGUGGAUGUGAGGGAGACCCCAGUACCAAGUUCACUUGUACCACACAAACACUGCUGCAAAUAAACACUAUUUUCUGUGCUGAUUUCA